UACAUAAAAUAUUAUUUAUCCACCAAAGAGAGAGAGAAGGAAUAAACAAGAGAGAGAAACAAAAGGCCAUUUCUGAAAAAGGUUCUUUGUAAAGAGAGCUAAAAGAAAGAGCACAUUAGAGUUGUUUACAUAUAGAGUGAAAGAAAGAUAUAGUGUGUGUGUGUGUGUCUGGGAGGUGUAGUGUAGAAGAGGGGGCAAUUUAAAGUAAAAUUGCAGCAUUUGGUCUCUCCCUUCCUUAACAUCCCCUUCUUUUUCCAAAGCUUCCUUUGUCCCCCCAACUAAACCCACCCCACCCCCUUUUUUCUCUUUCUUCCUCUUUUUCCGGCCACCCCUUUUCGCCGGAAAACACACUCCCUUCUUCCCGCCGGCCACCACCACUCUUUUUCUUCUUACCUCAGAGAAGCAUAGUAUAGUGCAAAAAGAUUCUGUUUUUGAUCUAUUUUUGUGUUGCCGGAGUUUGGUGAAGUGCAGCUCCGAUGAAUCUCCGGUGAGCAUAUCUGGGCACUUUUUAUGUUUUUAAGCUGAAGAAAAUAAGCAUAAAGGGAAAAUGAAAACGCCGGGGAAUACAGCCGGAGCUCAGCAGGCUGCUGCCAACGUUAAUCCUGCCGAAGGUGAAAAGAAGAGCAUAAACCCAGAGCUAUGGCAGGCCUGCGCCGGACCUCUGGUUAACUUACCGGCCGCCGGGACCCACGUCGUCUAUUUUCCUCAAGGCCACAGUGAACAGGUUGCAGCAUCUAUGAAGAAAGAUGUAGAUGCCCAAAUACCAAACUACCCAAAUCUUCCAUCAAAGUUAGUUUGUCUCCUUCACAAUGUUACCCUACAUGCUGAUCCGGAAACAGAUGAAGUUUAUGCACAAAUGACACUGCAGCCAGUUCCUUCAUUUGACAAGGAGGCACUGUUGAGAUCAGAUUUGUCUAUGAAAACGAAUAAACCGCAAACAGAAUUUUUCUGCAAGACCUUAACUGCCAGUGAUACGAGCACACAUGGAGGCUUUUCUGUGCCUCGACGUGCUGCAGAGAAAAUAUUCCCGCCUCUGGAUUACUCGAUGCAACCACCUGCCCAAGAACUUGUGGCUAGAGACUUGCAUGAUAAUGUGUGGACCUUCCGCCAUAUUUAUCGUGGGCAACCCAAACGCCAUUUGCUAACAACGGGGUGGAGCCUAUUUGUCAGUGGGAAGAGGCUUUUCGCUGGUGAUUCGGUCUUAUUUAUUAGGGAUGAAAAGCAGCAGCUUCUACUCGGUAUUAGGCGAGCAAACAGACAGCCCACAAACUUAUCAUCAUCUGUGUUGUCAAGUGAUAGCAUGCAUAUAGGUAUCCUAGCAGCGGCAGCCCAUGCAGCUGCAAACAAUAGCCCUUUCACUGUGUUUUAUAACCCAAGGGCAAGUCCGUCUGAGUUUGUCAUCCCUUUAGCUAAGUAUUACAAGGCAACUUAUAGCAGUCAAGUAUCGCUUGGCAUGCGGUUCCGCAUGAUGUUUGAGACAGAAGAGUCAGGAACUAGAAGGUAUAUGGGCACAAUUACCGGCAUCAGUGAUUUGGAUCCGGUGAGGUGGAAGAACUCACAAUGGCGCAACUUGCAGGUUGGUUGGGAUGAGUCAACUGCUGGGGAGAGGCGUAACCGGGUCUCAAUUUGGGAGAUUGAACCUGUAACAGCACCGUUUUUCAUCUGUCCUACUCCGCCAUUCUUCAGGUCAAAGCGGCCAAGGCUACCUGGAAUGCCAGAUGACGAUUGUUCUGAUCUGGAUGGCCUAUUCAAGAGGACAAUGCCGUGGCUUGGUGAUGACUUUGGGAUGAAAGACCCGCAAGGUCUUCCAGGCCUGAGCUUAGUCCAAUGGAUGAACAUGCAACAGAACCCUUCAAUGCCGCAGCCAAACUACCUGCAUUCUUUGUCUGGUUCCGUUCUACAGAAUGUCGGAAGUGGAGCAGACCUCUCACGUCAGUUAGGUCUACCUGCAGCACCUCAGCUUCCUCAGCACAACACCUUACAGUUUGGUACCCAACGGCCAAACCAACAAGGUCAGAUGCCAGCUACCACAUUGAGCCCUGUAGGAUCCAUUAUGCAGUCGCAGCAGCAACAGUUGUCGGAUAUCAGUCAGCUACCAAGACAGAAUCCAAUCAACCAAUCCGUGCCUACAAACCAAGUUCAGGCCCAACUUUUGCAAGCGCAGAGUCUUGUGCAAUCUCAGAAUGUCCUUCAGCAACAACAAUCACUUCAAAACCAGCUGCAGAGGAACCUUCCUCAGCAGCAACAGAUUAUGAAUCAGACUCAGCAGCAGAGUUUCAUGCCAUCUCAGCCUAGCGAUCCACUUAGCCAACAGAUGCAUUUCUCUGAUAACCAAUUACAGUUGCAGCUUUUGCAGAAGCUGCAUCAUCAUCAGCAAUCACUUCUAGCUCAACAAUCUGUAUUGCAACAACAAUCCCAGCUUGGGCCAAUCCAGGAUCAGCAGAAGCAGCUCUUGGAUGUAUCACAGAACUUUUCCAGGUCGCUUGCAACAAGCCAAAUGCUGGAUAUGUCUCAAACCACGUCCACCUCCACGUCGCUCUCCCAGUCGCAAGUUGUCCAGCAGCAAAUGACUAGCCAAUCUAAUUUUCGUUUUUCCCAGCCAAAUCAGCAAUCAAAACUUCACCAGCAACCUGGAAUUCUACCAGAACUACCUGGACAAGUUGGUCAGAAUCUACCACCGACUACUAAUCAGCUUUCCACAAACUGUAGUAGCUUAUUAACAGGAGCUGCAGGUGGAGGCCAGUCGGUGGUUACGGAUGACGUCCCAUCAUGUUCCACUUCACCAUCCACGAACAACUGUCAAAAUGCGGUUCAGCCAAUUAUGAGUGGUAGGAUUCAUCGAGGCACAGCUGCAGGGGAUGAAGCAACCCAGUCUUCUGUACCCCUUUUGAAUUCCAGUGGAUUCGAAGCUAUGUCCACUAAUAGCAAUCUAAUUAAAGAUUUGCAGCACAAAUCUGAUGUGAAGCCCUCAGUGAACAUCUCCAAGAGCCAGAACCAUGGAUUUUUGGCUCCUCAAACCUACCUUCACACUGCAGCGCCCCACAUGGAUUAUCUAGAUAGUUCAUCUUCAGCAACCUCAGUCUGCUUUUCUCAAAAUGAUGUCCAGUUACAGCAGACAAUGAACCCGUUGUCUUUCAGUACUCAGCCAGUCAUAUUCAGAGAUAGUCAAGAUGGAGAAGUUCAGGGUGACCCCAGAAACAGUGUUGCUUUUGGAUCAAAUAUGGACAAUCAGUUAGGACUGCCGAUGAUGUCUGAUCCUUUGGUUACAAAUAGCUUGAUGGACUCAAGGAAAGAUCUAUCGAAUAAUAUCUCAUCAGGAGGCGGCAUGCUUUCUAGCUAUGAGAACCCCAAGGAAGCACAGCCAGAACUCUCAUCAUCAAUGGUUUCCCAGUCAUUUGGAGUUCCUGAUAUGGCCUUCAAUUCAAUUGAUUCUACCAUAAAUGAAGGCAGCUUCAUGAAUAGAGGUGCCUGGGCCCCACCACCUCAAGUACCUCGUUUGCGGACAUAUACCAAGGUAUACAAGCGUGGUGCUGUUGGAAGAUCGAUUGAUAUCGCACGUUACUCGGGCUACGAAGACCUUAAACAAGAUUUAGCUCGUAGAUUCGGUNCUUAGCUCGUAGAUUUGGUAUAGAGGGACAACUGGAGGACAGACAAAGAAUAGGAUGGAAGCUUGUGUAUGUGGAUCAUGAGAAUGAUGUUCUGCUGGUUGGUGAUGACCCUUGGGAGGAAUUUGUGAACUGUGUCCGCUGCAUUAAGAUUCUUUCUCCGCAAGAAGUCCAGCAAAUGAGCUUGGAUGGGGAUUUUGGGAAUAGUCUCCAAAAUCAAGCUUGUAGCAGUUCCGAUGGGGGAAAUGUAAAUUAGCUGUGGCUUAAAUUCCUUUCUUAGAAGCUGGAAAUUUGUAUAACUUUAGGUGUUUAUUGAUCAAGCUUGGUGGAAAUGUGCCACCAUUGGUUGUUCUUCUCUUUAUACACGAUGGAAAACGCAAAGCAGCUCUCUCCCUAGGAUCUUGGUAUAAGGACCUUUCCUUGGUUGAACAGGAGACAAGAACACAGGUUGGAUUUGAGUGUGCUUGAUCACCCUGUGUGAUUGCACCUGUCCAAUUAGAGGGUUAGCUCGUGUUGGAAGGGGGAACCUGGUCUAGCCUAGGUAACCAUAGAUAGAGCUGUACGAUGUUUGCUACGAGAGUUUAUCCAAAUUUUCAAUAUGUAUGGUGUAGCGUUGGAAUGUAUAGUUGUUUAGAAUGUUCUCUGAUUUUCCCCUCAAUCUCUUAAUGAAGUAAAUUUCAGUAGCUGA